AUGAAAUUACAACAAAUACAGAACUUAAACGCGGCUACGGGCAGCGGCAGUGGCGUCUACAAAAUGGCCGAUCUAACAAAAAAAAUGUCGCCGGAUAAUCCUACACAGAUUUUAACCACACAUGAUUUGACCAGCUUACGUACCCUACAGCGUGUGAUCAACACCAAUAAUAACAACACAGCUGUUGACGACAACGUCAUCUAUAACAGCCACGGCCAUACCAACAACAAUAACAACAACAAUACUACACGCAAUCACAAUUACAAUCUGAGCCACAAUAGCAAUAGCAUCACAAACGGCAUACAUAAUCAUCACAAUAACAGCAACGGCAACGCCAGUGGCGGUAAUCUUGUCUUCUCCACCAUCCCACUUGACGGCCACGCCCUGUUCAUACAACCAUCGCACCUGUUACCCGCGAACGCUGCUGCCGCUUCGCUCACCAGCAAGGGUUUGCAACAGGCUACGCAAACGCGCGGCCUGGUCACAACAGCAACAAAUGGUUUACGCACCGUUAAUAGCAUUAACCAUAGCAACAUUAGUCCCGCCGUCAGCAACGCUAACAGCUUUAUCAGCAGCAAUAGCAACAGUAGCAAUCACAACAACAACAAUAACAGUUUAAAUAGUUUUCUUGCCAAAGCGACUAUACUGAGCGCCAAUCUUAGUAACGGUAAAGCGAGCGGCAAAAUUUUCAGCACCGGUGGCACAACUUUCAGUAGCAACACUAAUAACAUGCCCACCACAUCCAAAUAUGUUUUGUUACAGCCCAAUGGUAAUGGACAGUUUACCACCUACGAAGGUCCAACGCCAGCGGCGGCAGCAGCUGCAGCGGCAAACGGCAAUGUGGCAGCGCCCAGCGUGGGCAAUAUUGUGCUGCUAGCAACCGAACCGAUGGACUUGAAUGGCAGUGCCGCGGUAGGUGGUGAUGCCACUGCUGUUGGGCGUGUCAUUGCCACAACUACAAGCGUUACGGGUGAUAAUGAUGAGGAGUUGCGAUCAUUAGCAUGGCUAAAUGACAGCAAUUUGAUUAAAGGCAUAGUGACUACGAGCGCGGCGGGUGGUGCCAGCGGCGCCAAUGUAAAACGUGCUGGCACAGCGAAUAGUGGCAAUAUUUGCAUAGUAAGCGCCGGCAAUGCGCAUGAGCUGAUCGAGGAGCUGCCACAUCAUGUGGGUAGCGAAGAGGUAACCACCACUACACCCAGCGGCAAUGUCAGCACUACUGGUGCUGGCAUAAGCAACAACACUAAUAAUAACAACAAUAUUACCACACCAACUGAGCUAAAAGCCAGCACACAAAUAACUGCGCUUAGUGUUAGCGAUCUGCAACAUCUCAAGCGUUUCGGCAACAUAAUCACAACUGGUACACCGAUCACUUUGCUGCCACAACACGACGCUACAACUGCUACGACUGGUAGAAAAGAUGAGCCAACACAUAUUUUCGGUAACAUUAGCGGCAUUAGCGCCACAACUACGGUGCAUAUGGGACCGAGCGGCACCACCACCGUUGUCGAGUACAAAUCGAACGGCAAUAUACCGACACUACAGCCGAGACAGCUACUCAGCGCUGCCGGUGUAGGCAAUGUCAGCACUGGCACCACUAUAACGCCGACCAAUUUGAGCAGCAGCAGCAACAAUAAUGCAAAUAAUAACAGCAAUAAUAUAAAUUCUAGCAACUAUGUGCCUUCUUCACCUUCUUCGACUCACAGCAACCAUUCAAUUGUCGUCAGUACACCCGCCUCCGCAGCUGCUUCCAAUCCUGCCGCACUAUCUGUUUCCUACUCGACGGCGCCUUCCACUGCGUUGAGUGUUGCUGGCGCCAAUAACGGUACGACAGUGCUUAGCCUGUCUAAGCAAUUGACAACGUUGCCGGGCGGUGUUGUUACGGUCACCAACGGCAACGGCACGACUAACACAAUUUAUCAAGGACAACAAAAGCAACAAACUGUCGCCAGUAAUAACAACACAAACAACACUAGCAGCGCCUCCAGCACCACACAUCAUCCGCAUAAGAAAUAUUUGCGCGAAAAGAUGAACGUAUUGGAUCAUGGCGGUGGUGGCUACAGUAGUGGUGGCGGUGGUGUUAUAGCUAACACAACUGCCAAUAAUGUCAACACCACCAAUGGCGCUGGUAAUGCCGCCGCUUCUACCAUAACCGUAGUCGCUUCUCCAGCCUCUUCGAGCAGUUCGUUUUCCUCGUCCGUCUCAGUGUCAUCCAGUUCAUCGUCCACGGCCGCCGUUAACGGUGGCAAUAGUCCAGUUUCUAAGUCAUUCUAUGCUGGCGCAGCCAACAACAGCACUGUUAACGGCAGCACCAGCAAUAGCGGUGCCAUAAACUACUCCAGCACGGCGAAUACGACGCCGCCAGUGGUGUUGGGCAGUGUGUCAGCGGUCGCUUCAAAUGGCGUGCACACGAUCACCAGCUCGCCGAUGGCAGCGAGUCUGCCGCCCACAUACGCCAUAAUGCAGUACCAAAGUGUGGCCUCCUCGCCAAGCAUCUCCUCGCCAGAACCAAAUAAUUCCAAAGAAAUGUAUCCACUUAUUGCACCUCAGCAACAACAACAACGCAACUCGAUGCGUUCGCCCACCUCCUACUCCAGCUAUGAUAAUGACUCAUUGAAGGAUUUCGAAAUAUCCACCAAUGGCUCGAGCGGCUUGGGCCGCAACAAUACCAGUACACCACAACACCAAAUGCACCAGUCUACGCCAACUCAACAACAGCUGUCGUCAGGUUCUUCGGCAUCAUCGAAGAAUAGCCAUAGCGGCAGCAUUGGCGGCGGUAGUGGAGCAAAUGCCAACGGUGCUGUCACACCGCAAAAGCAAAAGCAUCCGAACAAUGUGCCAUACGAUCCGUUCGUGCACACACACAACAAACCGCCCUAUAGUUUCAGUUCCUUAAUAUUCAUGGCCAUUGAGGGCUCAAACGAAAAAGCUUUGCCCGUUAAAGAGAUCUACGCAUGGAUUAUGCAGCAUUUUCCGUAUUUCAAAACAGCGCCAGCCGGUUGGAAGAACAGCGUACGUCACAAUUUGUCAUUGAAUAAGAGUUUUGUGAAAGUGGAGAAGGCGCCGAAUAUGGGCAAGGGCUCACUUUGGCGCGUGGAACCACAGCAACGACAAAAUCUCAUACAAGCGCUCAAUCGUUCGCCAUUCUUCCCCAAUUCGGCCGUCGAUAAAUCGGCAUCGCUAAAGAGCCCUGGUGGCAAUGACUCACUUGUUGGUUACGACACAGUCGACAGCGUGGGCAGCAGCGGUGGCGGUGCCUGCAGUCCAGCGCCAAAAUCAAACAUAAACCCGCGCAUUGAUCCGCGUCUAUAUCCUAAAUUGUCAAAAGUUAUUGGUGGGCAGGAUGUGCCCGACGAAGACACUCCGUCCGACUAUAGUACAACAAAUCAUAAUAGCAAUUUGAAUAAUCACAAUAGCAGCAGCAACAAUAAAUAUAACACUUAUAAUAGCUCACCGGUGCCGCAAAAUGCUGGCAGUGGCGGUGGCACUUCCAUAUUGGGUCCUUUUAGCAGUUAUGAAAGUAUCGAGCGUUUGGCACGUGACUGCGGCGCUGACAGCAUCGACGAUGUAAACGCUGCAACGGCGAUGUUGGCACUGAAGCAUGGCCCUAAGGUGUUUGCAGAGACCUUCCAGAAUGGUGCGCCCGUUAUAACAUCUUCACCAAGUGAGGAUCACACCUAUUCCGCUGGUGGCGGUGCAGGCGCUGGCGGUGGCGCCAACAGCGGUUCAACAACACCAGUAGCCAACGGUAGCGCAGCACCAUUAGCAUUGAAUGGCAAUACACAGUAUGCUGUUAGCGGUGCACAGCAGCUGCAAAACGGUUGCAAUGUCGAUAAUCAAAGCAAUUACACUUCCUCCGAUGCGGCAUACGAAAGCAGCGAAGAUAACAACAACAUCACGCCCGAAGAGCUGGAGGAUCAACGCCGUCAACGUGAGGGCGUCGAUGCGCUGCUCUCACUCUCACGCUCCUCCGUUGUCGAAUCGCCAACAAAGCGACCGUCAUCGACCAGCGUCGAAGAAGAACACCUAACUGCCUGCCUCGAAAGCAACAAAGUCAACAACAACAACAACAAUAAUAAUAAUAAUGGCCACUUCACCAAUGGUAAUGGCAAAAUGGCAUUACUUACCAGUGCGGUGGCCUACAGUCAACAGCAGCAACAUCAUUUGUACGAGGACAGCGGCAGCUUUCAUUCGCCCAGCUAUUAUGGCACGACGCACAGUGGAGCACAUCAAUUGCAUCACCAUCUCGGCUUAGCCGGUGGCAGUGCACAGCGUAAAAUCAAACCCUUGCGAAGUUUGCGCACAAAAAUCAAGCGCAAAGCGCCAUGGAUGAGCAAGGCACGGUGAGCGACAGCUUUUGUGUGUAAGUGGAGAAAUGUAAGAAAAUAAGUAGUGCAAGAGUUGGGGUGGUGUAAGGAAUGAGUUUAUGCUGGACAUACAAAGACUAAACAUACAACAUACAUGUAUGAAAUUUUAAAAAUUCAAAAACUGCAUACAUUUAGGCGUAGAUAACAAAACAAACUACAAAAUAUCAUAAGUGUUAUUCGUAAGCAACAAAAGGGAGCAAAGAAAAGAGCAAUGCGUUUUCACGUGCUGUUGCGCCAUCAGUUUAAUUUGUACAAUACAUUUUUUUUGUGAAUUUUCUCAAUUAUUUAAGACUUCUGACACACAAAAUUAUUACCACUGACUGUUUUUUUCGUUUACCUUAAAACUUAAUUGGUUUGUAAAAUUUGAAUUAAAUGAAUAUAUUAUAUGUGACUGCAUAAAUCAAGUGCAACAACUUGCACUAAAAUUGCAAAACAUUAAAAUGCGCAGCUCGACUCAAAAGCCACAAGCAUUCAGCUUCGACAAGUCAAAAUCAAAACUUUGCAGCAAUUUUUUAUUUGACAGCCGUUUGCACCGUCCUUACUUGCAAACUUAGACACAUACACAUAAACAUACCAGUUAAUUUAUCUACAAAAUAUGCCCCAACUCUGCUUUACAUUUUUUAUCUCUAUAUACGAGCCAUGUGAAAAAUAUUACUAAGUAAAAAAAAAAAAUAAUGACCAUUGCAUACUUUUUGGCGUUUGCCAAGUUAAGUUUUACGAAAAUGUGAAACAAAAUACAUAUAUGUUUUUCAGUUUGCGAAAUCAUGCAUUAGGCGGUAAUGCUUACAAUUUAAAUGAUAGUUGUUUGUCGAUUUCUGGUAAAUUCAGCAUCUGAAAUAGUGAAUUUUGUUUAAAAUCUACUACACUCAUGUUAAUUAUUUCGAAUUUGUGACAAUAACUUUCGUUCUCUCGAAAAUUUUUUAUAUAUAUGCAAUACUUGCAGUUCACAUGUUCUUAAGCGCGCUAAAUAUAAGUAAAAAUACAGAAAACGCUAGUAACUAAUUACUCAGCGCGCUGCAUUUUAUAAUAGCUUAUCGCUUAGCGCGCUGAACUUGAACUGUCACUCAACGUAAUAAUAAGCGUGAUAAGCAUGCUGUAAGCGUUGUUAAGCGUUUUAGCGUGCUGGAAAAUGCUAUUUGCUUAAUUAUUAAGCGCGCUGAAUAGCAGUUAUAAAGCAAAAAUUUGCUUGCAGCGUACUAUGAAGUGCGUUAAUUAUUACGCAAGCUUUGUUAAGUGUUUAAAAAUACUGUAAGUGCUAGCAAUUUAUUAUUAAGCGCGCUGAAUAUAAGUUGCUGUUAUUUGAAAUAAUUUUUUUUUUUUAAUUAUGUGAUUUUUAAAACUUAGUAUAAGUUAAUUGUGUCGGCAAUGUCAUAAACUUGCGCAAAAUUUGCAAAUAACUUUUUAUACAGCGCGCUGAAUACCAUUUCAUUACAUAAAAAUUGUAAAUACCUACCUGUAGAAGCACAACUGUGCGUAUAUCGCUUUCUGACUUAGCUUUAAAGACUUCUGAAAAGAUUUUCAAAUAACUCUUUAAACAACGCGCUGAAUACCAUUUCAUUACAACAAAAUUGUAAGCACUUAUUGCUUUUAUAAUUGUAACUAUUUCGCUUUCUGAAUUACCUUUAAAGUCUUCUAAUAACUUAAAAUUAGUUUGUAUUUACUUCUAAGUUACUUUGCUUCCAAUUUUAAAAUGUUAUCUUUUUUUCCGAUUUCUUAAAGAAAUUGCAAUGUUUUAUGCCAAACCAUAGUUUUAUGCUAAGCGUUAUGCGAAUUAUUUUUUCGCACGGUAAAAAUAAAAAAAUCUAAUAAUAUUAUUAAAUUUAAAAAAAAUUGCAAAUUUGUUUGUUGAAAAAUUUUCAAUAAAUAAUUUCGCUUUUUAUGCAGCUUUUAAAAAGCGCUAACGAAACAUUUUAAGUUUCGUAUUUAAUUUUAUUAUAAUUAGUUUAAAAAACAAAAACAACAAGUGUAACAUUUAUAAGUAAAAGUAGCAAAAGAAACUAGCAAAUCAAAAACACAAAAAUAUUUAAGUGCAUAUAGCAGUUUAGCAUUUAAGUUAGUAUGCAUAAAUACUAGACAGAAUAAGUAUGUUAUGCUAGGCGAGCAAAAUGCAACUUUAAAACGCAAAAUAAAUUCACUUCAAGUACCUUUUUAGCAAAAAGAAUAUAAUAUAAAAUAAUUAACUAAAUAAUAUUGAUUGCUCAGUUAGAUGCGGCUGAGUUGAGUUACAAAAACAAAAAAAAAAUAAAAAUUAUAAUAAUUAUAAAUUAAAUAUUUUUUAAUUGAAAGCUUUAUAUGCCGCCUUUUAAUUACCAAUUUAAUUGUUUACUAUUACACUAAUUGUUUAUAGCGCAUGCAAGCGAAAAGCGCAGCAAAUCAAAAAACUAAAAACCAAAACAGAAAAUGUGAAAAACCAAUUGAAAACAAAGUAACGGAAAAAGGUGUAGCAAAACCAACAAACUGUUAAACAAAAGCAAAUGUUAAAAGUGAAUAUUAUUUGUUAGAGCGUAUCUAAGUGAAUGCGUGCGUGCGUUUGUAAGCGUUGCAACUACAACUACAAUUUACUUAAGCCUAUAGACAAAAAAGUAGUCUUAAAGAUUAUAUAUAUAUAUAUAUACAUAUAAAUACAUACAUACAUAUGUAUAAAUAUAGUGAAAUAUGUUAAGUGAUCAUAAAUGAUAAGUGGUCAUCAAUGAUAAAUGGCAAUAUUAAUUGUAGUUUAAUAUUAAACUAGCAUAAUCUAUAUAAAACACAAAUACAUACAUACAUAUAUACCUACACACUUAUAUAUACAUACAUAUACAUACCAUAUAAGCAUACACACAAACACAAAACCAAUUUUAGACAACUAUACUAAACUCUAGUGUAUAAUGACGCCUAAACACCUAAAUGUAGGCAAUAAAAAAUGUUGAGUUUUUACUUUAUACAAAACACUUACUACAAACAUGCAUACAUGCAUACAUAUGUGCAUUGUAUGUACAUAUGUAGUGUAUUGCUAUAUGUAUAAGACAAACUAAAUAUAUCAAAUGUGUGCAGAGUGUAAGACGCUAACACAUACAUACAUACCAUACAUACUCAUGUAUGAAGCAAGCAUGUUAAAAGUUGUAAAUAAUUUACCAAAAGAGUCUAUCAUAGACAAAUGUAAAUGCUAUGUGUGUGUGUGUAAAGUUAGCAAAAAGCCGGACAAUCCAAAAGCUAAAAAAAUGUUUGACAAAAAAAAAAAACCGAAAAAUAUAUGAAAAACGACAAAUUCUUAUACAAAUCGAUAGCGAAAAGCAGCUGCUUAUUCCACGUGCUAUUUCAAAAUUAUAUUUAAAAAUUGAAAAAUAAAAAACAAAAAGUAAAAUGUAUGAAAAUUCUAAAAAACCAAAACCAAACUAUCAACACUUAAUGUGUUAAGGCGCCAACGCUCGCAAGUAGUUGGUUUUGCUGACAUAUUAUAUGCAUAGAUUUAGUAAAUCAAUUUAUAUAUUUAGUUCAAUAAAUUUUUUUUUGAAAAAAAUAAAUUGUCACAAACUUAUGUAUUUUUUUUUUUGUUUUCAGAAAUUGUAUAUUUUUGUUUGCUCAAGCAUUACAACAGCGUGAAAUUGUAACAUUUUAAUGUGUGCGAAUUUGUUAAAUAUACGUUUGCUGCUGAAUGUAUGUAUGUAUGUAAAUAUGACAUCAUGUCGUAUUUAUUAUUUUUUGAAGUUGUCAUUGUAUUUGAAACAUGCUUACAGCUAUUUUCAAAAGUUUGAAAAUUUGCCUAAAUUUAGGCAAAUUUUCAAUGUGUUUUUCAAAGCUUUGUGCAAACAUUGCAGGCGUAUUCAGCACUUCGAAAAGUUUACUAGGUAAGUCUGUAAACUUACUACUAAUCUAAAAAGUCUACUAGACAAGUCUGUAAACUAACCAGUGGUUUUUGUAAAAUAACUGUUAACUUCAAGUUUUACAAACUUUUUUAAAACCGUUUUUUUUUUGUACAUUCAGCUAAAAUAUAUGCUACGGCUUACAAUUAUACAUUGCUGAAUAACUUAGCGCUGUCGCUGUAUAUAAUUCAUAUUCAGGGGACAGCUGUAAACAUGUGCAGUGUGCAUAGUGAAAAGUGCUCCGUAAUAUCUGAAAAUAUUACUUCAAUCGUAUAUAUAAAAGUGAAAGAAUAUUAAAUUAAUGCCUCAUAUAAGUUUCUCUGUAAAUUCAGCAGAGUGCGUUUCGAUUCAAUUUUAAGCAAAAAAAUCUAUGACACUCCGUCGACAGCAUUGAUACAAAAAAUUCAUUGAAAAAAUCUGUAAGCGCUCAUUUUAUGUAGAUUUCUGAGUAAGUAAAAACCGGCAGUGUUACGAAAAUUAAUUCUAACCGAAUUGUCAGCAAUUAAGCGCGCGCUGAAUUAGCAUAAAACAUAGUUUUAGCUUAUUAGCAUAGACUACUGAGCAAGUAAAGCGCGGAAAUAUUGUGAAAAUGAGUUUUAACGCAAUUGUCAGCAAUUCAGCGCGCGCUGAAUGCACGUACAAUUGUUAAAAAUGUUAUACAAGUUGUAGUAAUUUUUGCGUGGACCACAAAUGAUUUAAUUAUUAACAGAAAUAGCAAAAAGUGUACAUUUUUUUGUUUAUGUUAAUAAUUGUGCACAUAGUGUUUGCAUAAGUAACGUUUGAUAAAGUGCGUAUAAAAUUUCAAUUAAAUAUUUUUAAAAAUUCAAUCUGUUUAAUUAUUUAAUUAUUAUUAUUUUUAUUUCAACUACCAUUUCUACUUUCGAGUGCAGCGCCUUAACCUAAACAAGUACUACUACAAAACAACAAUUCUUAAGCCUACUCAAUUAAGCCUUACUUAAAUUUAGUGCUACGCUAAAUAUUUGAUUUUAAUUUUUAUACACAAAAGUGCAUACAUGUAGAUUUGUAUGUACUAUAAACAUGUUUCUUAUACUUAAGACUUAGAUAAAGAUUUUAUUUUAACGAUAAAAACCGAAAAAUCAAACAUUGAAGGCCUAUUAAAAAAAAGCUCGGCAUGGUUGCAUACUAAUUUUAGAAUUUAAUUAGUUUCCUUAAGCGUUGCCAAAACUUUUUAAAACUUUUCUAUGAAAAAUUUGCCUCAAACUUAUACUUUAAAGAAUAUAUAUGUAUUGUAUUUUUUUAAGUGUUUUAACUUUGUCUAAAAGUUAUGCUUAUACCAAAUGGAAACUGUUUCCACAAAUGAAAUUUCCACUCUUAAAUCCCUGCAAUCAUGCCAGCGAACACUUACGUGUAUGUAUGUAUAUUUUUUAAACUUAAGAUGAUGAUCUUAAAAUUCAACCAAAAAAAACUUAUUUUUUAACUUUACCAACUAAAUGAUAAAAAACAAGCAAAACUUUAUAAGAAAAUUUGAAAAUCUAAGUGGAAAAUUCUGAACUAAAGGAAAGUGCCUAUAUACAUAUUUAUGUAAUUAUUAUUAAUUAAUAUUAUAUUAUAUUGUGAAAUAUCUCAACUUUAAAUGAAAUGAAAAUGCAACAACAUAAAACCCAAAACAAUUUAUACAUACUUACAUACAUACCUACAACAUAAAUAUACAUAUAUAUUUAAAUAAUAUUAUUCUACAUACAAUUUCAAUUGCGAAUUGAGACAAACAAACAAACAAACAUACAUACAUACCUAUUUCAUACAAAUUUAUGUAAGCGAACAAUUUAAGCGUUUUAGUAAUAUUAAAUGUUUACGUCGAUAAAUAUUUUCGAAAAUUUGAAAAAUCAAUAUAAAAAAAUUAAAUUAUAAAUCAAAAAGAAACUUUGCUAAGCUUAGUUUGAAAAACAUGCGAAAAAUUGUAAAGUGAAAAAGAAAAUUUCGAAAAACAAAUAAUAGCAUGUAGUUUGAUAAAUAGUUUGUAAAUUUAAUUGCGUAAAAGCAACAUACAACAUACUUAUAUACAAAUGAAUGUAAGCAGUCCAUUAAACGGUUAUAAGAGUUGAAAAAAGUUGUUACUUUUUCUUAUUAAUAUUUAUUCUUUGUAAAAGAAGCAAAUGAAAGUUCAAAGCAGAAAAUUUUUAAACAAUUAGUAAAAGUUUGCGCAAAAUAUGCCACGCUGUUUAUAAAACUUUAUACUUUUACGCAUAUGUUUGCCAUUUUUAUUUUUACCAAUUGCUUAAAUAAUUUAUUUUUUCUUAUCUUAUUGUUAACCUUGCGAAAUUUUGAGUACUAUUUUUUUUUGUUUGAAAUCAAAUAAUUUUGUAUGUCAUAAAUGAAUUUGUACACUCAUGAACAAUUUUUAUGCACUACUCUGCAGUUAGCGUUCGCAUUUAUAAAGUAAAUUCAUUACAUUAAUUCGUUUUUUUAGUGUUUUAAGAUUAUUAAAAUAUAAAUUUUUGCUAUUGAUUUUAAAAGUUUGAAUUAUUUUUAAUUUUAUGCUACUUUUAAAUUUUAAUUUUUUUAAAUUACAUGUCACUUUAUAAAUUGUUUAUUUUAGUUGUUUUUUUGUUAUUUUAUUUUUUUAUUGAUUUUUAAGUUAUAUAUUUUUAUUUAAUUAAAAUUUUUUAUUUAAGAAUUUUUAUUUAUUUAUUUAAGAUUUUUUUUAUUUAUUUAUUUUAGAACUUUUAUUUAUGUUUUUUUUAUUUAUUUACUUAAGAAUUUUUAUUUUUUUUCAUUUAAAAUUUUUUUUUUUAAUAUUUAAUUAAUUUUUAUUUUUAUUUUUUAAUUAUAAUUUUAGUUUUCUUUUGUUUUAAUUUAUUUUUAUUUAAUUAAAAAAUUUUUAUUUAAGAAUUUAUGUUUUUUUUAUUUAUUUAUUUAAAAUUUUUUAUUUAUAUUUUUUUAUUUAUUUAUUUAAAAUUUUUUAUAUAUAUUUUUUUUAUUUAUUUAUUUAAAAUUUUUUAUUUAUAUAUAUUUUUAUUUAAAAUUUUUUAUAUAUAUUGUUUUUAUCUUAUUCAUAUUUAUAUUUUUCUUAAUAUUUUUUUUAUAUUUUUGUUUAAGAUUUUUUAUUUAAAUUUUUUUCAAUUUAUUUAUUUCUUAUUUUAUUUUUUAAUUAAAACUUUUUUUUUUAUUUUUGCAUAUGGUUUGUUUAUUCGAGUGCCCUCUUUAAAUUCCAAAAAAAAAAAAAAAACGAACACGUUUUCCAAAUCAAAGUAAAAAAAAUAUCAUCUACUACUUGCCUAUAUCAAAAUCUUUAUGUAAGAAAACGCCAUGAAUUUGUAAUUGAAUUUCUAAAAAAAAAAAAAAAAAAUCCAAUCGUACAUUACCAAAUAGUAAGCAAGCUAUGUAUGUAACUAGAACUAUGACUAAAAAUGGUUUCCUAAUGCUAAUAAAUAUUAUCAGGACCGACCGAACUUCAGUAAUAUAAAAUAACAACUAAACUAUUUAAAGAAAUACUUAAAAUAAAAACCAAAAACAAAAUAAAAAAAGAAAAUAAAUAAAAUGCCAGGCUUUCAUAACUUAAUGCUAACGAACAAACGAACAAUAGAAAAUACACAAAUAAGCAAACAAACAUACCAACACUUCCCUUAGAGUACACUUGAGAACGUAUCAGCAAAUUAUAUUAAAUUAAUGAAACAAAUUUAAUAGUAGUUGGUAAAAAUAAAACAACUCUACAAAUUAAAAAGAAAGAGUUUGCUAAAGAUUUGUACAGAUUUAUGGUAUAGCUAAAAAUUCAAUCAUGACCGAGAAAAAGAAUAUAUAUGUGUGUGAAAUAUAACAGAAUCAGCAAAUCUGUAAUUUAUAAAAAAAAAAAAUAUUAUUUGCAAAGCCUAUAAAAUGCCGCCGCCUUGAGUAAAUUCCAAGCUUUCAUACAUAUAAAGUUAUAGCAACAAUUGAAUUAUGUUAACGCUGCUUAUAUUCGAUUAUUUGCGGCGCAGCUAACGCUCAAUAUAUAAAGCUAUUAAUUUGCUAUAUUAUUUGCAUUUGCAGUAAAAACACCAAAUAAACCAAAAAGUGAUGAAUUCAAAUGUAAACAGUUAUCGAUUUUAGGUAAAAAUAUCGAUAUGGAAAUGUAACUGCUUGCAUUGGCAAAUAGCAUUCAGCUGCCUAAAAUGUAAAUAAAGCAUGUGCUCAGUUGAAAUUAUAGUCAAGCAAAAGUUUAGUAAAGCGCUCUUAAGAUUUUAAAUAUUUUUUGUUUAUUUAACGAAUUAUUAUAUUUGACAAAGUUAGGCAGUGCAGUUAAUGCGAAUCAUAAGAACUCUAGUGAAAGUAUAAAACUGAAAAGCAAAGAAAACACCACAAAAAUUUAAACAAAUGUAUGUAAGUAUAGCGCCCGCCACUCACCAUGGCAGAGGAGAGGAGUAUAAGAUAUGUGAAAAAAUGGAAAACUGGAUUAAAUGGAAUGGCUAGGAAUGUAAUAUGUAUAAAAGAAUAAUGUAAACAAAUGAUACUGACAAUUAGCGAAAAUUAUAAAUUGAUUAAAUAAAAGAAAAAACCACAAAAACUUAGCAAAUGACAGUGAAGUAGGUAUAAAAAAUAUUAAUAAACAAAAAUAAUAAUAAAUACAUAACAAAAAAUUAUAAGUUUAAGGAAAAAAUAUCACAGAUAUUUUUAGUGCAAUAUAUAAAUAUAUAUACAUAUAUAUAUAUAUGGAAAAAACUAUAUUAUAUUAUAUUUGAGAAAUUUAAAAUAAUUAUAUAUACAAACAAACAAAAAUAUAUACUUACUAAAUAGCGAGCUAUGAGAUACGGAUCUAAAAAUAAAACUAAAAUAAAGAGACAAAAGUUGAAAAAACCACUUUAAAAAUAAAAUAAAAAA